AUUGAGCUCUGAAAUCGGGCUGCUUUUCUGAUCUGCGCCCAGAGUUGGACAAAAAUCUUUCUCCCUCUCACAAAGGCGAACAAACAAUUCAAAUCGAAAUUCCGCAGAAAUUUCGAUCCAUUUCCAAUCUUCAAGCGAUGGAUAGAUCCAUGGUGCAAGAGAUAGUGGAGAAGCAAGUGCUGACGGUAGCAAAAGCGGUAGAGGAGAAGCUGGACGAGGAAUUACAUGCUCUAGAGCGGCUAGAUCUUGAUGAUUUGGAGGUAUUGAGAGAACAGAGGUUGAAGCAGAUGAAGAAAAUGGCGGAGAAACGGAGCCGUUGGAUUUCUCUCGGACACGGUGAAUACUCUGAGAUCCCUACUGAGAAGGAAUUUUUCUCUGUUGUUAAGGCUAGUGACCGCGUUGUCUGCCAUUUCUACCGUGACAAUUGGCCUUGCAAGGUGAUGGACAAGCAUUUGAGCAUGCUGGCAAAACAGCAUAUAGAGACACGUUUUGUGAAAAUCCAUGCUGAGAAAAGUCCUUACUUAGCUGAGAAGCUCAGAAUUGUUGUUCUUCCCACCCUUGCCCUCGUAAAGAAUGCUAAAGUGGAGGAUUACGUGGUUGGAUUCGACGAGCUUGGUCACACCGAUGAAUUUAGCACAGAGGAACUGGAAGAGAGGUUAGCUAAAGCUGAAGUUAUCAUUUUUGAGGGUGAAUCAUCGAAACUUAAAUACAAAGCUCCAUCUAAGAGUGUCAGGCAGAGUGCAAAUCCCGACUCAUCUGAUUCAGAGUAAACUUAGACUGGAGACUUAUCUGUCCAUUGUACUACUACCAUAUAGUCAGUUUUGAAGACUUAUGUAUUGAAGAAGUGGGAAUGCAUAUGUUUUUGUGUCUCCUGAAGUAUCCUUUAGCAAAUCAGACAAAAAAUUAACUUUGAGAGUUCCUGUAAAUGUAAAACCUUUGGUUUUAUCUUUGUGGAAUGGAGAUUACAAUUCAGAUAAUGAACAAGUGCAUUAACAUGUCA